CAGUCCGCUGGCGGGGCUUUGUAAAGUUACGAACUAGAAAUACAAUCCAUAUCACAACGGGUGAUGUUUCUUAUCAUCAGUCCUAGUUCACCAUCGGCCACCUAGAUUACCCACAACGAUGUGUUUUCAUGAAAACUACGCGUAAAAGUGUCUGUCAGUCAGUCAUCGUUGCUUUUUUUCCGACGCAAAACAUUCAGCUGAGCGCGCUCAACUCCACCACUGUCAGUCAUUUGUUAGCAAGUGGCUAACAUUGCUUGAACUACAGGAUGAGCUUUUCACGGGAGAAAAGACUGCUGGAGAAAGCCAAAUGCAAAGCCCAAAACAGCAGCAAUUUAAGAGAAGAGGCCGACAUCUGCAAUCAGCUUGGAGAGCUGCUAUCAAGAAACGGUGACUAUGAAGCUGCCAUUGAGGAGCACCAGCAGGAGUUGUCACUGUCGGAGGUGUUAAAUGACGUAAUUGGACGAGCGGUAGCCAAUCGUAAAAUAGGAGAGUGCUAUGCAGAGCUGGGGAACAUUGAGACUGCACUUAAACAUCAGCGCCUUCACCUGGACUUGGCUCGCUCUGUCAGAGACCACAUUGAGGAGCAGCGGGCGCUAGCCACGAUAGGUCGAACUUACCUCUUCUGCUUCGAGUCCGACCAAUCGAGGAAAAGUCUUGAACAAGCAGAAGAUGCCUUCAGGAAGAGCCUUGCCAUUGUUGAUGAUCUAAAAGGGACGGUGCCAGAGCGAGAGAUUCAUGAAAUGAAGGCUCGACUUUUCCUCAAUCUCGGUUUGGUUUGCGACCACCAGGGAGAGCCCGAAUGCUGCAGCGAGUUCAUCCGACGUAGUGUCUUCAUCGCAGAGAAAAGUGGGCUGCUCGAGGAUCUCUAUCGAGCCAAUUACAACCUGGGCAACAUCUUCUUCCGCAACGGCCAGCACUCCAACUCCGUGCGCUGUCUCGAGCAGGCUAAAGAGUGUGCCCGAAAGAUGAAGAACAAGUUCAGCGAAAGCGAGUGCUUCCACUGCAUUGGCAAGGUCCAGCUUUCUUUAGGUGAUUUUGUAGCUGCGAGACGAUCCCUUAAAAAAGCUCUAUUGUUGGGUUCUCAGCAGCAACAGGACAAGCAGACGGUGAAGAACAUGUUUAUAUACGCCGACCGGGGCUGCAAACUGGAAGAGGAGUUGGGGGAGAAUCCGGCCAGAAAACUGAGCUCUCAUGAGGCCAUCGGGCUGUCAGAACAACUCGGAGAUCUCUACUGCAAGGUCGGCUGCUUCCACAAAGCGCUGGAAGCAUAUCAAGCUCAGCUGAAAGGAGCUGAGGCGCUGGCGAAGCCCGCACGUGAGUUAGCAGUCAUCCACGUGUCUCUGGCUGCUACCUUUACUGACCUGCGGCGGCACGGCGAGGCCGUUCAGCACUACAAGCAGGAGCUGGCGCUACGGGGGGGCAGUCCGGCCGAGGAAUGUAGCACUUGGCUAAACAUUGCGGCCGCGCAGGAGGAGAGCGGUGGUGCCCCUGAGGAUCAGGACAGCAGCUACAGUGCGGCACUUCACUGCGCUAAGAAGUGUGGGCAGGCCAGGCUACAGAAGCGCGUUUUGAGGCUAUGGUUAGCGGCACAGAGGCGAAAGUGCUCGUCAGACGCCAACGACACCGAAGCUAAACUGCUGGAGCUGUGUGCCUCCGAAAACUGGAGUCCAGAUGGCAGCGAUGGAGAGGAGGAAGCGGAGGAGGAGAUGGAUAACAGUGAACCUCUGGAUGAUAGUGAUGUUGUCCUCUCAGACUCAGACGACGACCUCGAGGGAUAUGACAAAACGGUAUCCGGCAGGAGGAAAGCAGGACGGUGGAACAAGAGGAAUGAAAAGGGUGAGACAUCCCUCCACAGGGCGUGCAUAGACGGCAACUUGAAGCAAGUCCAGUAUCUGGUAGAACAGGGCCACCCAGUGAACCCCAGAGACUAUUGUGGCUGGACUCCUCUGCACGAGGCCUGCAACCAUGGUCACUAUGACAUCGUGGCUGUGCUGCUGGACCGAGGUGCCAACAUAAACGACCAGGGUGGCAACUUGUGUGAGGGCGUGACUCCUCUCCAUGACGCCCUGACCUGUGGGAACUUCCCGGUGGCCCGACUCCUGGUGGAGCGAGGAGCAUCCAUCAACCUCCGCAACGCUAAGGGUGAGACUGCAAUGGACACCCUCCGUCGAUGGCAGAGAACAUACAAAAAUGAGCUGGACCAUGAGGCCAAGCAAGAGUGUGCAGCGACUGAGCAACUGCUAAAGAAGGCACUUGCAGGUGUGCCGGUCACUGCUCCCCCUCCCAAACCUUUUGAUAUUCUGCAGGACAGUCAGCUGUUUGACGCAGAAAACUCGGAACCACUUUCAUCCUCUGGAGGGGGCUUUGUCACCAACCAAGAUUGGCCCAGGACUAGCGAUCGGUUAGAGGAGAAUGCUUAUCCAAGCCUGAAGAAGCGGCACCUCGGCUGUUCAGCUCAGCGGCUCCGAGCCAGAGGGACCGAGGCCGCUCUUCUUUAUGGGGAUAAGACCAGUUCUUCAGAUGACAGUGACUCCGACAGCCCUGUUAGUCCCCUUCAUCCGGUCCGCCAAAGACUCUCAGUCCCAGCAGUUCAGUGUCAAAAAGUUCCAACGCCAAAUGAGGGGGCUGAUUCACUGACCAACCCCGGCAGGCAAAGUGGGCACGAUCCGCCUGCUCCCUUCGUCUUUGCGCAGGACGAGUACCACACUGCCAUCCGAGGGUUGGGCAGCGCGAGGACCCUCCUGCAAGGCUGCUCAACACAACCUCAUUUCCCCACCUUGUCUCGCCUUUCCUCCAGCAGCAAAUCAGCUCUGAUUCCCGAGGAGGACUAUCGGGAUGAUGACUGGCUGGAGAAUGAUUUGAUGGAAAGUCAGCCCAAAAAGAAGAGGUUUCGAGUUGAGCAGAAUGGAGCGAGUGGGGACAACACUAUAUCUCCAUCUGCGAGAGCGCCAAACUCUCAGAUGUCCCACAGGAGUUCUACACUUCCACCAUCCAGCACCAGGGGGCCCACUGUGAAAAGGAACACCUCAGUCAAGCCUCAGCAAGUGAAAAUGACUCAGAUGCCAGGCAUGGUCCGUUUGGGCAGACGAGAAGUCAACAGGUCACAUAGCCCCACCCUGACAGAUGAUGACGCAAGACCAGAGACCCCUCCCCCACCUCAUUCAAUACACAUGCAGCCUCUGAUUCAGGGACCGGCUCUUUCCACCCCUAUGUCACUGCCUCCACCCAUAAGGAUGAGGGUCAGAGUUCAGGACGACAUCUUCCUCAUCCCAGUUCCGCAAAGCGAAGCAAAAUCUUGCACGGUGUCGUGGCUCUGUGACCAGGCAGCACAGCGUUACUACCAAAAGUGUGGCUUGCUGCCUCGCCUGUCGCUGCAGAAAGAUGGCGCUCAGCUAUCCCCGCAUGACCUUCUGUUGGACAUUCUGCACACCAACGAGGAGGUGUUGGCUGAGGUGUCGUCUUGGGACCUCCCCCCUCUACAGGAGCGCUACAAGAAGGCGUGCAUCAGCCUGGCAGUCGAGGAAAACAGGCGCGUCAGUCGGCUGUGCGAGAUGCAGGACGGGGGAUCCUCUGUGUUGGUGUGCGGACUCGGCUUGGCCUCCUCUUCCCUCGCCGCUCUCCUCCGUGCCCUCAAGCUGCAGGCCAGCCUCACCGAACUGCGCCUGUCAGGCAACCGUCUCGACGCCAACCUCGUCACUGAGCUGGUCACCAGUGCCGCCACCAUGCCACACCUCUGUGUGCUGGACAUUUCAGCUAAUCAGGUCACAGGAGAGGGGCUUGAGAAAGCAGCAAAAACCUUAGCAGGACUCAGCCAUCCGGCGUUUCCAUGUCUGAAGGAGUUGAACCUCAGCCUGAACCCGCUGGGUGACAGUAUAUCAGAGUCUCUGUCCUCACUCCUGUCCGCCUGCCCGCUCCUGGCUGAGCUGUCUCUGCGUGGUUGCGAACUGACCUCUCGCUUCUUACAGCAGCAUCGCUUGCUCCUUGCCAGCGCCCUAACAGGCACGGGCCACCUGAAGUCUGUGUGUCUUUCCCACAAUGCGCUGGGAUCCACCGGAUUUGAGCUCGUGCUGAAAACGCUGCCUCUGCACACGCUCACACACUUGGACCUGUCGGCUGUGCGCAGGGGCACCACCGAUUACCCGGCACUGAAGCACCUCACCAUCCUCCUGUCACAGGAUAACUCUUCACUAACCCAUCUCAAUCUGGCAGCUAAUGGUUUAACCGACAGCAGUGCAUCCACCUUGGCCAGGUGUCUGGCUGUAUGUCCCAGCUUAGUGAAUUUGGACCUGUCGGGAAACCCGUCCAUCACCUCAGUAGGAUUCCACAGCAUCCUCUGCGCCCUCCGAGAAGGGCAUCGGCCGCUGACUCUUCUAAACCUCCAAGGUUGCCAGGUGUCGGGGCCUUUGGACAGCGAGGAUCUGGACGCUUUGUCAGAGCUGGUCCAAGACCUGCGUCUUUGCUCUCAGGGCCUCAACAAGCUGGACCGGCAUGCUUUAGAGCAGAGCUGGACCAGUCGUCAUCCUCACGGCUAUUUUGUAGACCGAAAAGCAGCGUGCUUCCUUUCUACUGCGGCCGCGGCCUCCUCGUGACUUUAGUGAAAUGUGCUUGCAGACCAGAGACAUUAGCAGAUAUUUGGUAGAAUCCCAUGUCAUUGACAGCAAUAUUUUAUUGCAAAAUUCUCGGUUUGUGUGACGACUUAUAUCGUGUUGAACUUGGUUACGUGAUUGUAUUUUUUAU